AUGGAUUUCCAACACCGUGUAGGAGGGAAGACCGGUUCUGGUGGUGUAGCAUCGGAAGCUGAAGCUAAUCGCGACCGUAGGGAACGUUUGCGACAACUGGCACUUGACACGAUUGAUCUGAACAAAGACCCGUAUUUUAUGAAAAAUCACUUGGGGACAUACGAAUGUAAACUGUGCCUUACUUUGCACAAUAAUGAAGGGAGCUACCUUGCACACACUCAAGGGAAAAAGCAUCAGUAUAAUUUGCAAAGACGAGCUGUUGAGCAGGCCCGCGAGGCUCCAUCUACAAUGCAACCAGAGCGCGUUAAAGUAGAGCCGAAGAAAUUCAUUAAAAUUGGUCGUCCUGGAUAUAAAGUAACCAAACAAAAGGAUCCGGAUGCUAAUCAACAGUCUAUGCUUUUCCAAAUUGAUUAUCCAGAAAUAGCUGAUACUUCUGGUGUAAUACCUCGACAUCGGUUUAUGUCUGCUUAUGAACAACAUGUUGAACCACCAGAUAAACGAUGGCAAUACUUAUUGUUCGCUGCUGAACCAUAUGAAACAAUUGCUUUUAAAAUUCCUAGUCGUGAAGUAGAUAAAGACCCCAAGAAGCUGUGGACUUAUUGGAAUUCCAGCUCUAAACAAUUCUUCCUACAGUUCGCUUUCAAACUAGAAAGUCAAUCAUCUUCUACCGCUAUGCUUCGUGAUUUAGAAAUGCAAAAAGCUAAAGCUCAACAUGCCCAACUUCAGCUUCAAUUACCUCCACCGCCACCGCCACCACCUCCGCCUCCACCACAUGCUAUUGGUCUUCCUAUUCCAAGUUUCCUUCUUAAUAUGCCUUUAAAUACCAGCAUGACUAACAUGCCGCCGCCCCCGCCUCCGCCACCAAUUAUGGUUGGAGCAAAAGAUACAAAGCCCUUACUACCUCCUCCUCCUCCACCACCACCUUCGUUCUCACUAGGUGCUCCGCCGCCCCCUCCACCACCGCCCGCUUUUGGAGUAAAUUCUAGUGGUGUAGGGACAAAUGCUUCUUCAGCACCAAUCCCACCACCGCCGCCACCAACACCCCCAGCUUCCCUUCAACUGAAUGGGAACUAA